CCGGCCCCCUCACUCCAGUGAGCUCACGUGAGAAGACAGCAGGAGAUUCUCCGUGCAGCGAAGCUCGACCUCCCUUCAUCACAAACUGUGACCUGGGGGUAACCAGCAGGGAUCCAUCUGCAGAUGUGCCAGUGCAAUUUCCUGUGACAGUUUGCAAAUUCUGUGCCUUCGCUCGUGGUAGUUUGAUCUUUUGAAGCAUGACGAGCACGGUGGGGCUCGUGUCGCUGUGGGUCUGGGUCCUCCUGGACUCUGGGGCGUCUGCAGUCUCGCUGCCGGAAACAACCGACGGCAGGUUCAUCGAGGACUGUGUGAGGGAGCACAACAGUGCACGGUCGUCUGUCAGCCCACCUGCAAAUGACAUGCUGUACAUGACAUGGGACAAGGAUUUGGCCAUCAUUGCGAAGACAUGGGCAGGACACUGCAAGUUUGAACACAACCCCCAACUCAAAGAUGUUCCCAGUCUGCACCCCAACUUCUCCCCUAUUGGGGAGAACAUAUGGACAGGCUCACCCUCCUUAUUUGAUGUGACGUUAGCCAUAAAAAAAUGGGUGGAUGAAAAGGAACACUACAACUACCAGGAGAACAAAUGCAGUAAAGUGUGUGGACACUAUACACAGGUCGUGUGGGGAAGCACCUACAAGGUCGGUUGUGCCGCGCAUCUGUGUCCUGGUGGUGUCGCUGGCUUUAAUUCCAUGGAGGGUGUUGUUUUUGUCUGCAACUAUGGUGAAGCGGGUAACAUGAACUCAGCGCAACCGUAUACAUCUGGAGGUGCAGCCUGCUCUGGAUGUGCAGACUCCUGUGUGGACCGUCUCUGCCCGUUUCCAGGCGACAGCGGGAGCCCAGAUGGACAGCCUGACUUGGCUGCUGCUGACUCUCACUACGGGCAUAUUCUGAUCGCCCGGCCCGUCGGCCUCCUCCUCACCUUCAUCACAGCAUUUGCAGUCCGCUCCCUCUACCCUGACAUCUUCUGCUAUGAGUAGAUUUCCCCGUUUCAACCUGAACAACAUUGAAAUCAGAUUCAGACAGCGUUUAGAUGAAGAUGUGAAUUUAAUUAGACCCUGUUUGUUGAUAGAUUGAUUUUGAAGUCCAGACAGAGCUCUGCAUAAACUGUACUCACGAGUCCGCACAGCACUGUGGUUGAGUUCCUGUGAUAAGUGAUGAAGAACUUCCCUCAGGGCGGUCCUGAGAAAUCACAUUCAAGAGGACAAGAACAUGUUUGAGGCCUCUGUGACUUUUUGACCUUUGACGACUUAUAGUGAACGUCUGUACGUAUAACCCAAAAACAUAACGCCUCACCUUACCCUUUCUUUCCUCACCCAAUCCCCACUCCUCCUUUCCCCCGUCUACCCUUUAUCCACCCCCCAGUCACACCCCUUUACCCUCCCACCCCCAAUCUUCCUUGUGAAUAUGUACCAAACAAGGUGUGUAAAUAAAUAUAGUGCAUGGAUCUAAAGUCUUUGUGAUUCUUCAUAAUUGAAGAUAAAUA